UGGGUUUAAUUUGUGAACAGCCAGCACGGCGCGUUGUUUUUGUAGUAAGCUGUAAAGUGCUGUAAAGGUAGAGGACCAGCAGAAGUAUUCAACCAUAUUGUACUCAAAGAACCGUAGGACCAUUGUAGUAGGUGGCAGUUAGUGGCACUAGCGCCACGAGAAACCAUUGGCACACUGCACACAGGUCCGCGCAAAAAAAAAAAAAAUGCGAUGACAGCGUUGGACCGCGCCCAUCAACUUCUUUCUGCGUGUUUGGAAAAUGAUGUGGUGACCGUGUCUACUUGUCUCAACAAUGGCCUUUCUGUAAAUGAGCAGGACUUCGAGGGCACAGCACCACUGCAUGUAGCUGCAGCAAACGGCUACGAAUCAUUAGUUGAAUCCUUAAUAUCUCGUGGGGCAGAGAUUGACCUCCCAAAUGCUUCUGGGUGGACAGCCUUAAUGCAAGCUGCAAGACAUGGUCACACAUCUGUUGUAUCGUUGCUUUUGAAGCGUGGUGCCAAUGGCAGCGCAGUCAACAAAUUAGGAAUUGGACUGCUUUCACUAGCAGCAAGCAGUGGCCACCGUUCGACAGUGCAGGUUAUUUUGAAUGUCAAAGGGGUUUCUACGGAGGACGUUCCAUGGGAUUCUUCUGAGAUGACUCCAAUGAUGUCUGCUGCUUUGUUUGGGCAUGUGUCAAUCAUUGGACUUCUGCUUACCAGUGGAGCAAGUGUUAACAGUGCAUCCUCUACUACUGGCAGAAGCCCACUUAUGUUAUCUUCAUGCAAUGGCCACAAGGAAAGCGUUGAGCUGCUGGUUGAAUUGGGAGCAGAUACCAACUGUAAAGAUAUUCGUGGCAGAACUGCCCUUGAUAUUGCAGUAGCUUGUGGAAAGAGUGAAGUUGCAACCUACCUCAGUGACAAAACCUUGAGUAGGUCCAACAAAGGGCAGAUUGCAGACAAUGUUGAUAUCAUAAAUGCUGUCAAAGAAGGUGAUUUCAAGCAGACCAAGAAUAUUCUUCAGAAAGAUCGCUCACGUGCCAACUGGAGCUGCCCCAAAACAGGAAUGACACCACUGAUGUAUGCUGCAAUAUUAGGUCACCAAAACAUAGCCAUGCUGCUGCUUGAAAAUGGAUGUGAAAUGGACAAGCAGGAUUGUGUAAAAGGCUGGACUGCCCUCAUGCAUGCUGUGUUUAAUGGAAAUACAAGCAUGAUUUCUUGUCUCCUGAAAGCUCGGUCUAACAUUGGAAUAAGCGCACACAAUGGUGCUACUGCCCUGGAUAUGUCUUGUUACCUUGACACCAUAGAUCCAGAAGUUCCAGAACUGCUCGUAAAAAUAGCGACAACGUCAAAGCACGCAAUUCCUGUCCAAGCUGUUGAAGCAGAAAGUAGUGGAAAAUAUAAAGGUACAUCAGAUGAUGAUACCCACCAAACAAAAACUUUAAAGGAAUUACUUACACAAGUCACACAAAGACUACUGAAGUCAAAGCCACCAGUAUUAAAAGCGGCAUCAAGUACUACAGAAGUAGUCACCAAGACACGAAGCUCGGAAGCUCUUGACACCGUCUCGGUAUCCGAAAGAAUACCUGCACUGAACUUGUUGUCCUUCACUACAAAACCAUUGGAACCCCAUAGGAAAAACGUGCCCAUAAUACAACCCCCCCAGCCGCUUCACGGCAACUUGAGCCGCAAAAUAAAGAAAAUGGACACACGUGAAAGACCUGCACGGAAGGCUGAUGGAGAUGAUGUCAAUAAUCUUCCCAAGGGAUGGGAGCCCACAGUGCUGCUUGAUCGGUAUUUGAAACCGGCUGCAAUUAGUGGAGUCCAAGGCAGAAGAAUGUCACAUCUGCUGGCACUGUCUGCUAUGCAUUCAACGAAUACUCUUUCUACUAGACCUGAAGCGAAUGCUGCUAGUCCAAGAGACCUUCUGGAUGUGCCCUCAACACUGGUGGGUGGCCACUUGGCAGCUCCUUCCACUUCGGAGUGUGUACCAUACUUCUCAGGCACCAUCAGGGAGCUGCUCAAGAGACUACAUCUUGAACAGUAUGCUGCCAACUUCAAAGAGCAUGAGGUGGACUUGGACACUUUUGUAGACCUGAACACAAGAGACCUUGAAAAUAUAGGUAUUCCAGAAAACUCGAUUAAAUUGAAGCUUUUAGAGGUGAUAAAGGCUAUGAGAAAUCAGACGCUUUUGUGAAGAAUUAUCCAUGUAGACUGCUGUACCAGGGUAUUGUGCAAUGAAGUUAGUUUGAUUGAGCUUAUUUUUUUUUGCAAUAAAUGUUUACAUAUCAGG